AUGAAGGUCGCCCUGCUCACCUUCGCGGCGGGCCUGGCCAAUGCCGCCUCGCUCGCCGUCACUCCACGGGCUCUCCCCAACGCCCCUAAUGAAUAUGCUCCCGCCAAUGUUUCCUGUCCGUCGACUCGCCCCAGUAUCCGCAGUGCCGCCGCCCUGUCUACCAAUGAGAAGGAUUGGCUGCAAGUGCGUCGGAAUGAGACCCUUCAACCCAUGAAGGAUUUGCUCGGUCGGCUCAAUCUGACCUCCUUUGAUGCUUCUGGGUACAUUGACCGUCAUAAAAACAAUGCAUCGAACAUUCCAAACGUGGCCAUUGCCGUUUCGGGUGGUGGUUACCGCGCUUUGACCAAUGGCGCGGGUGCUAUCAAGGCGUUUGACAGCCGUACCUCCAACUCCACAGCCCGUGGACAACUCGGAGGCCUCCUGCAGUCGUCGACUUAUCUAUCGGGCCUGAGUGGCGGUGGCUGGCUCGUAGGCUCUGUAUACAUCAACAACUUCACCACGAUCAGUGACCUGCAGGCCAGCGAGAAGGUCUGGGACUUCAAGAACUCUAUUCUUGAAGGCCCUGAUGUUAAACAUUUCCAAUUGAUUAACACUGCCGCCUACUGGAAGGAUCUGUACGAUGCUGUGAAGGAUAAGAGGGAGGCGGGGUUCAACACAUCGUUGACCGACUACUGGGGCCGCGCUCUCUCCUAUCAGUUUAUCAACGCUACCACCGACGAUGGCGGUUCCGAUUAUACCUGGUCGUCGAUCGCCCUGACCGACGACUUCAAGAAGGGCAAGAUGCCCAUGCCCAUCCUCGUCGCCGAUGGACGUAACCCGGGCGAAAUACUUAUUGGAAGCAACUCGACCGUGUAUGAAUUCAACCCAUGGGAGUUUGGCUCCUUUGAUCCGUCUGUAUACGGCUUUGCGCCAUUGGAGUAUGUCGGAUCAAACUUCGAGAACGGUGAACUCCCCAAGGGGGAAUCGUGCGUGCGUGGCUUUGACAAUGCGGGUUUUGUCAUGGGUACCAGCUCGUCCCUGUUCAACCAGUUUAUCUUGCGUCUAAAUGGCACCGAUAUUCCUAAUUUCCUCAAGGAGGCUAUUGCUGAUGUCCUGGAGCACCUAGGCGAAAAGGAUGAGGACAUUGCCGUCUAUGCACCCAACCCCUUCUACAAAUAUCGCAAUUCCACGGCAGCCUAUUCGUCGACCCCGGAGUUGGACGUGGUCGAUGGAGGUGAAGAUGGACAGAACAUACCCCUGCACCCCUUGAUUCAGCCCAGCCGCAAUGUGGACGUGAUCUUUGCCGUGGAUUCGUCCGCCGAUACAGACUAUAGCUGGCCCAAUGGGUCCUCUCUGAUCUACACUUAUGAACGUAGCUUGAACACCACGGGUAUCGCCAACGGGACUUCCUUCCCUGCGGUGCCCGAUGUGAACACGUUCCUCAACCUCGGCUUGAACAAACGCCCGACCUUCUUUGGAUGCAAUUCGUCCAACACCAGCACCCCGACCCCGUUGAUUGUCUACCUGCCUAACGCCCCUUACACCGCCGAGUCCAACACCUCGACCUUCCAGCUGGCGUAUAAGGACCAGCAACGCGAUGAUAUCAUCCUGAAUGGCUACAACGUCGUUACUCAGGGCAAUGCCAGUACAGACGCGAGCUGGCCAUCGUGCGUUGGGUGCGCCAUCCUCCAACGGUCCACUGAACGUACGAACACUAAGCUUCCUGAUAUCUGCAACACCUGCUUCCAGAAUUACUGCUGGGAUGGCAAGACCAACACCACCACCCCGGCGGCCUAUGAACCGGAGAUUUUGAUGGAGGCGUCGACUUCCGGGGCCUCGAAGGAUCAGCUGAACCGCACAGCUGCGGUCAUCGCGUUCGCGGUCAUGUUCUUUAUGACGAUGUAG